AUGGAGUGCGAGAAAGUCGCGCAGGAUUUCGCCAGUAUACUGGAGGAGUUAACUUGCAAUUCGAGACCCAUCAUCACCACACUUACCAAGACAGCGGAGGAAAACAUUUCCUGCGCCCAAAAAAUCGUGGAUGCUAUAGAGAAGCGCAUUGAGCGAUGCGUACCGAACCAGAAGCUGUAUGCCUUCUAUGUCCUCGAUUCGAUCUGCAAAAACGCAGGAUCGCCCUAUACCAUUUACUUCAGCCGAAAUCUUGCCAAACUGUACAAACGUACCUAUCUUUUAGUCGAUAAUCAAACCCGUUCGAGCCUUAUUCGACUUUUCCAGACAUGGCUCCAGCACAGCGCUAAUUCCAUGGGCGAUCAUUUGUUCGGCAAAGAAGCUCUGGACGCCAUUGAACAAUUUUUGAUAAAGGCUAGUUCAUUGCAUCAAAAGAAAGUCGCGCCGCCUACUGUUCCGGGGCUACUACGUGAAAUUGAUAAGCUCACCAUGCUCACAAGGGAGCGGAUCUCUCAAAGUCCUCAAGAUCCUAGGUUAAACACCAAGAUAAUGGUGCUCAAGCAGCUCAAACAGGAGUUGCAACGCGAAUCGAUGGCUCCACAGGCUUUGCAACAGGUGCAGUCCCAGCUGCGCAAAAUCUUUGCUCAAGAACAGCAAGUAUUACAAAAACAACAGCAGCAGCUACAGCUACAAAAGGCGCAAAAACACCUCUUGCAACAUUCACAGCCAUCCAGUACACCUUCCUCUCAAGAGCAAACUCCCACCCCUAAGGACAUUGAGUCUGUCCCGUUAUUUGGAUCCGCGUCCAUAUCAUCCUCUUUUUUUCUCAACGCUGGCAAUGUGGCUCCCCCUUCAGAACCCUCACGACAAUUAUCUCGCGUCCAGUCUUUAUACGAAGCUUUGAGCAAGGAGGGUCUCAUUCAUCCCAUAGCAGACCAAUCUGUGGUAACCCUGGAUCGAAUCCUAUUGCAGAGCUCAAAUGACUCUCAAAAGACUACCCUACCGCCAUUGAGCUUAUUGAAGGACAUUUUGGGAGAUGUCAAGUCUCACUUCUCAGUCUACGGCGUAGAUAUUUUGAACACAUCUAAUUUACAACUUUGUCAACAAACCGUUAUUCAGGAAAACUCAGCUAUUAUCCAAUUGAGACACAUGUUAUAUAGGUACAAACCCAACAAGUGCAGCUCUUGUGGAAAGAGAUUCGGUACAUCGGAAGACGAGAAAAAAGAGGAACGCGACCAUUUGGACUGGCAUUUCAGGAUCAACAAAAGGAUCAAAGGUACCUCAGGUGCAAACGGAGCCGCAAUCAAAAAUAUACAAUCUAGAAAUUGGUAUCUGGACGAUACACAAUGGCAAAAUUUCAACGAUGAAGAAAUUGUGUCCACUACGAGAUCCGAGAAUGAUUCAGUAACGUUGGCUAAGCUAGAUGCCAGUUCGGCACAUGAUGGAUUUAGCAAGAAUCAACAGAAUAAAAACAUUGAGCCCGCCGAUAAUGAAGCAAACUUAAUUAAAAAGUCUGUUGUCGUACCUGAGUCAUCAGAGGAAAUGUCAUUUCAAUGCCCAAUCUGCCGAGAAGUUCAAUCUGCCGUAUAUGAUGACGAUAUUGGUGAAUGGAUCUGGCCUAACUGUGUUGAAUCACAAGGCAAAUACUUUCAUUCUACCUGCUUUCACGAGACAAUCAAAGAUGCCCCACGGCAAGCUCUACAUCAAGAUUUGGAACGCUUGAAGGGCUUAGCGGGAUGA